AUGGUGCAGCACCAGAGCUUGCAGAUUUCCCAGCAGAUGAGCAUGCACACUUCCAACCCUGCUUACAACAUGGGAGGCCCUGCACCAGGAACCCCUUCCUUGCCCACAUCAGGAUAUACCAUGGGAGGUCCCUCACCCGGAGCUACAUUACAUGGUGGUGUGUCAAACUCACAGACUAAUGGGGUUCAGACAUCCAAUUUCCCCAGCCAGCAAGCAACACCUUCCAGCCAAGAUGAAUUAUUUCAUUUUCUUGAUAAUCCCUUGACAAAUGAACCAAUGUUUGACUCCAUUCAGAGCACAGCUGAUGACUUCAGCAUGUUUGAAGACUUUCUCAAUGGCAAAUAA